UAAAUAAAGUGACACAGAGUAAAUAAAAGUAUGCAAGCAGUAUGAACAAAUUGAUUUUAAUUUUAAAAAAGUGAUAGAUUACAGUAUUUGGUGACAUGGGAUAUUGUGCUGUACCAGGAUGUAAAAAUAACACAAGGUAUCAUGUAAAAAUGAACAUGCUUCCAAAGGAUAAAAGUAGACCAGCACAGUGGGUAAAAAAUGCUGGUCUAGAUAUUACAAAACUCAAUGAGCAAUCGUUUAUCUGUGAGUACCACUUCACCUCAGACAUGUGGGAAAAAGUACGUGUUGAUGGAACAAAGAAAAUGAAAAAAACUGCUGUUCCAACAAUUUUUGGUGAUUUAGUUACUCAAGUUAAAUAUGACUUGAAGGAAACAAAUGAAAGUCCAGUACCAUCAUCAUCAUCAUCAUCAUCAUCACUAGAGCUGGAACAACAAAUAAUAACGAUUCAUGGAGAUUCACCUGAUGAUAAAAAAUAUUUAAUCAAAAAUAGAAUAUACCAGGAACCACCUCCAGAACUUGCACUAUUGUUGGAUAAAAAUAUGGCAUAUUUGAAGAGUAAAAAAAAAGGCACAGGAAAAAAAACCUCUAGCUUCAAGAUGAAUUAUUCAAAAUCAUAUUGGCAAGAAUGUAAUUCUCAACCAGCAAUGAUGAAAAACAUUUCAGAUACAACUGAAAUUUUUCCACAUGAAGUUAUUUAUAUGAAAACAUAA